AAAGGAAUGCCGGUGUUUCACCCAAGAAAACAAAGAGCAGGUAGCUGAAACUCACAAAAGCUAUUGACUCGCACAUCGUUACACCUACAAAGCAUAUAAAGCAUGAAAGCGUUCUCAUAGUGAAGAUAUAAACCGCAGGCAUGUCUUCCCCUGGCCACCGUCCACCCUUAUCGAGAAUACAGCGGCACAGAGGUCACAUCUCUAUAUCCACCGGAUCUCAGUGCCAAUUCUUGUUGCUCAAAGGACGGCUCAGGAUGUCUUCUAUAAACAAAGCUUCCCCAAGCCAGCAGUCUCCCUCGCAGCCCCAAGACCCCAUCGCACUGUUCCACAGCGCCGCCAGAAAACUGCCAUUAGUUGUCAAGAGCGGCUUGAACCGCGAUGUCCAGGGUAAGGGUACUAACGUCGACAGAGCCAGCCAGCCAAGCGACCUUAGACGAUCCAACGCGAUAGGUCGCGGAAACUCACUAGAAAAGGCACACCACCUCGACGUCGCCGUAGGGUCAGUGUCAAGAUCCUCCUCUUCAGCAAGCACCGCCUGCAACAGCAAGCUGAGAAGCCGCGCCAGCGACAAGGACCUCCCGCAUGUUCUGCGCUGCCUGGUGGACAAGGGAUACACCCGAACCAUGAUCGGGAGGUACCUUGUUGAGCUGCUCCUCGGGGCCGACUCGUUCUACUCCGGUCUUAUUGCGAGACUGGUUGGGGCGAACAGGACGUACUCCGAGAUAUGUGUCCAGGUGUUCAGACGACUCGAUCUGAACAACAAGGAUGGAUGGCCCUUGGAGUGCGAGGUCGAGAUGGGGAAUGGCAAUUUGAGGCCUGAUCCUUCGAGACCGGCUAAGUGCUUGUAUUCGGAUGAUUCUGAGCCGGCGAUGGGUUCUCCGGGUCAAAAUUCUACGCGGGACAAUCUGUCGAUGUUGAGUGAUGUGAGUGACGAUGACUUUGAGUAUGUGGAUGUGGAGAUGGGGGUGGCACGCACGGUGGAUAUUUCGCGGCAUACGGUGCAUCUCGUUGAUUCCCUUCGGCGGUGACGACUGAUUGUUGAUAUAGAUAUUUUUUGACCCUUUCC